GUCUCGCCCAAUGGCGCAUCAGGACUCGGCGCUCGAUUACUGCACUUGACUCAGCGCUCGACUGCUUAGCCUGCCUGCUCCUGCUGGGAUCGGAACGAGUGUCCGGCUGCGGCCGCCGCCGAGCCGAGCUGAGCGCACCAAACGGAGGCCACCCUCAUCCAACGUCCUGUUUGGAACAAGUAGGAGAUGAUUUACCGAUCUCUGGCCGUCCGUCUGCAGCUGCCCGCCUGACACUAUGGGCUGCACUUCUGCCAAGCAUGUGUCUACAGUGCCAAGUGACGAGGAGGGAGGCAAAGGGAAGACCUACCACAAUGGUGACGUCUUUGGAGACGAGUACAAGGCUAAGACGGUGGAGGAAGUCAAGUACAUGCAUUGUGAAGAGGAGCGGGUAGCGACACGGAACCAGGAUAACUUGGAGAAGAGUGCCACCUCCAACCGGGCCAGAAGCCAGAAGGAUGGCAUGGGGAUAGGCAACUCCCAGAGAUCCAAGUGUGUGCCGUCCUGGCAAGUUGGACUAUUCACACGUCUGAGAGUCAGCAAGAAUUCUUUCGAAUGCUGGAUGAGAAAAUUGAGAAGGGGCGCGACUACUGUUCAGAGGAGGAGGACGUGACAUAAGAAGCGGGCCGCGGGCCUCUCUUUGUAUAUAAAGACUUUCUAACGGGUUACGGCCUGGGUGUCCCUGGAAUCGGCGCGUAUGGGCUGCUUCUUGCCAUAUGUUGGGACUCGUGCCAUGGACUGGGCCCUGUGGGGCACACAUGCCGGCCUGACGGCUCCAAAGGGGGCCAUGUACACAGUUGUAUUCUUUUCACUUUCUAUUGAAAUAAACAGUGUUGUUUUUA